AGGGGGAAGGAGAUGUUUUGAUGGUUUGUAGGUGUUCAUGUGAUAGAUGUCAACAUUUUUGUUCUGAAAUUCAAUGUUUAAUCAUAAAUAUAACUAUAUUCAGGAAUCAAGCGUAGCUUCUGGUAGACGCUAUGUUGGUAUACACGCUUCACAGAGCUGACAUGUGCAGAACAAUGUAAUGAAUGAAGACACAGGCACUUGAAAGCGUGUCCUUGGGUUUGCCUCGGAACUGCCAUGAACCGGCGUGGAGACGGGCGGGCCCAGAGACGCAGUGAGCGCAACACCCGACAGACUCGGGGAAGGAAGAGGCUUCCUGAGGAUGCUGAUAAUAUUAGUCUUACCAACAAUGAGUCAUCAUCAGCCCCACCUGCUCCACCCUCUACAACACAGCGACUCUCACAUGAACAGAAGAAUGACACUGAUGUUGCUGUUCAUCACAAUUCUGUAUCUUUAAGAAAUUUGACAUCAGAAGCAACAAUAAUCAGCACUGCAAAUACUUCAAACACAACUGUGAGUGCAUAUGGAAUGAAUACAGAAGCUAGCAUGCAUGAAAAGAGAGAAAUGUCUGACCACUUUGGACGAUAUGAUGGGGGUGGAGCUCCAGGUGGGGAAGAAACCUCACAAGUACAGGGGUUUCAAAACGUUUUAUCACUAGGUUCAAACUUAAAUAGGCCUGCUAACAAUUGCAUGGCAUCAACUACCAACAGUGUGUCAAAAACCGUUAGUGUAAAUAAAGAAACUGCUACAGCAGUAAGUGCUAGAAAAUUGCCAAAAAAGCGUAAAUUUGAUCCUUCUGAGCUAGAGGAGCUAGAGAAGACAUCAACAGACAACCGUUUUCAGAAUCAGAACAAUAGUGUGGUUGUAUGUGCAAAUUUAACUCCUCCAUCACAAAGUGUAGUAGUGAUGCCUCCGCAGGCAGCAGCCGUGGACUAUUCAUAUGUGAGCUCCGUACCCAAACAGUCUGAAAAUCUCCAUGUACCACAGCAUAUGGCACAGCAGAGUCGAAUGUCUUCCAUUGAUACGCUCAUGGAUACUGUGAUAGAGAAUCAAAUUCCUCAUCAGCCUGAGAACAUGAGAGUGCUUCGGUCAGAUGGAAGUAACUGCAUGCCUGUAUUAAACAUAGACAGUAGUUUAAUUGUGGGGUCUAGAAAGCAUGUGCAGAUGUCGGGAAGAAGUGAUAUUGACCUUCGUGAAUGGCAGGGUAAUCAUGUGUUGGCCAAGAAAGACAAAAGAUAUCUUCCUGGUGUUAUUCAACGGGCUGAACAUACAGGAGAAGUGUGGGUGAAUUUUGAUUAUGAUAAUGAGGUAGCUGCUUUUACAGAUGUACUGGGUUCAGGUAAAUAUGAUGUAAUUGGAGAUGCAAGCCCUUCAAUGGGGCAGGUACAAGUUGGGGCACGUGUAUGUGUUCGUGCUGCGGAUCCCAUGGUCAAUCAUCGUGUUUUCUUCGAGGGAGUUGUGUAUAAAAUCUUGUCACCACCAGUACAGUAUUUAGUAAAGCUCAUUGGUGGACAGAGUCAGGAAGUCCUGGUUAAAAGAGCAGAUCUUCGGCUGUUAUUGCCACCAUGGUGGGAUGAGCUAGAAUGCCUGAAAGAUGGUCCUCAUCCUGUAAUCACUAGCAAUGGCAGUAGUAAUGGCAGAGUUUAUCUGCCCAAUUCAAAUGGACAGCUUCAACAGCCUUCUGUGUUACACACACAUCAACCCACUCCACCUCAUCCAGUCCCUCUGCAGCUUCAUCAUGUGCCCACACUGCAGCCUGCUGAUGCCAGCAACUACUAUCGCAGUGCUGCCACAUCUCCUCUUCACAGCAUGACAACUCCAGUCAGCAUUCACUCAACCAGCACAGCCCUAUCAAAUGGCAGUGCAGAUGAUCUCCGGCGACGUCAGUAUGAUGAUUUCUGUGAAAGUGAUGAUGAUCUCCGUAAAGAAGAUAUUCUUUUUUCAUUAGACACAGAUGGUGGAAAGCUGUCAGGCAGCAGUAAGCGUAGCAGCAUGCAGAGUCGAGGCAGCACUUCCAGUUUGGUGGAGCAGAGGAGCAUCACCCCUCGCUCACAACCAGCCACCCCAAGGUCUCAAGCUGCUACGCCUCACAAAUACAGAAAAGGUGAUGUGGUGUCCACACCAAGUGGGAUCAGAAAGAAGUUCAAUGGGAAACAGUGGAGGAGGUUAUGUUCUAAGGAUGGGUGUACCAAGGAAUCUCAGAGGCGGGGCUACUGCUCAAGACAUCUUAGUCUUAAAGGAAGCAGUCUUCGGGCUGGCCCAGCCAAUUUCCCAAGGAGUAGUAAAGGCAUUGGCAGAGACAAUGAAGGAGAAGAGACAUCACGUGAUUCUGAUACGUCUCCCAACUAUGGGGACCGAAGAAUAGCUGGGCGUUUUGAUCAAGAAGAGACUGAAGCAGCAAAUAUGCUUGUUUCCCUUGGCAGUUCUCGAUCAGCAACCCCUGCAUUCUCUUCUCCAACGGGUCAUGCCUCAUCCCCAUCCAUCGCCCAGUCUCCUAUCACAGUGGGGCCACGUCAGAAUGUGUUUAUGCCAAUUGCAAGCCCUGCAGCUCAGAGUCAAGUUCAUUUGCCUGGAACUAAUGCAGCAUGUGCAAACACUCUAGUGUCUCCAAGUCACAAUAAAUGGAAGCAACAAUCUUCACCUGUCCCACCACACUUCAUGGUCACACCUUACCAUCAGCAGCAUGUCAUCAGGCCAGAGUUGUUACGUCCCAGUCAGGUAGUCCAGCCGUCUCCACCCAAUCCUCCACCUGUUACUUCACAUCCUCCUGGGAUGGCAACAAGUGUCAUUCGAAUUUCACCAAAUCCAGCACGAGGAGGUCCUGUAACUGCUUCUUCUAUUGCAAGUUCUCAGCAGCAGCAACAUGCAUCAUGGCGAGUAGAAAGCCCUGGUGCUGCUUCAUAUGGUGAAGUUACAAGUCAGCAGCCAAUCAACCCGUUCCCUUCUGUUGUAACUUCUGCCAGUCAGCAACAUCAUCAGCAUCAACAAGGGCUGAUUCUUCAGCAGGCACUAACAAACACUACAGACAUGCACUCCAGUAGUCAGCACCAUGUUGAGGGGCCUAGACCUGAAUAUCCACAUCAGCACAUUAGGGUACUGAAACCUCCCCCCCAGCAGCACAGUGUAACUUUAAUGCAGAUGCCAAAGAAUGAACUUAUGGACUGUUCUCCUGGAGGAAAUAUAAGUUCCAGUGGUGGGAACACUUUGUAUUUAGUUCCACAUCAGUCUUCCCCACAAGAGAAAAAGUUUGUUGUGAUAAAAAGUGAUGGAGAUCUGGAUAAAUUUCCCACUGCUGUGAUGGUGAAUCGUAUUCCGGCAGCUUCCAGCACUAGCUCUCUGCCACAAUCAGUGGUUGUGGAUAAAACUCCAGCAUCUGUACUGCAGCAGGCUGGUAGGAUUGGCCUCCAUAUGUCAACAUCACAGGCAGCUUCUCAACCCAUAGAAGUGGUUAAACAGCCUGCUGACAGCAUGACAGUGGAACAGCAACAUCAGCAGACUAAUAACAGCCCUGCCACCCCUACAACAGUCCUACAGCCAAACAACAUGUUCCAUCCUGUAAUAGUGGAACCCACACAACUUGUCCCUGUUCUGCCACUUGCACAAAAGAGGCCAGAUGCAAGGGAAAAGAAUGGUGUGCUUGCAAUAAACAGCUCCCAGUCACUGCCAGUAUAUUCAUGGAAUUCACUGGUUCCGCUGCUGGCAGCGACUCAGUGCAGCACAUCCCCACCUCUGUCAUCGCCAACAACUCCACACUCUGCACCACCUGUCUCUGGAGGAGUUACUGGUGCUAGUGUUAGUGGUGCAGUUACUGCAGAACCAAGGCACAGUGAUGAUCUUGAAGGUGAAAAUAUGGACCUUCAAGGUGGGGAUGAGGAUGACGAUGUGUUUGAACCAGAAGGACCUACUGAGCCUGGUGUCUUAGAUGCAGCUGCUGCAGGCAAGCGUAGAACACAGUCACUAAGUGCUCUGCAGAGCAGCAAGGAGCCCCACAGCCCUCAGAAGGUAAAGGAGCGUGACCGUAUUCGCCGUCCUAUGAAUGCCUUCAUGAUAUUCAGUAAACGUCAUAGAGCUUUGGUUCAUCAGCAACAUCCAAAUCAAGACAAUCGAACUGUGUCAAAAAUCUUGGGUGAAUGGUGGUAUGCUCUUAGAACAGACGAGAAGCAGAAAUAUCAUGAACUGGCAUCAGAGGUAAAAGAGGCUCAUUUCAAAGCUCACCCAGACUGGAAAUGGUGUAGUAAAGAUAGGCGUAAGUCAUCUACUAGUUCUUGUAAAGGAGAACCACGGGGGAAACUGGGCUCAGUGGAUGAAGGCACCGAAGGUGGUUCCCAGCAGGCCAAUGGAGGAAGUGAGGGUGCACAACCUUCAUCUCAGAGCCCUGGUCCUUCUUUGCCAGAUGCUCAACCCCAUUUAAGUGAUAACAGUAUACAGCAGGCCUCAACAAGUUAUUCAACACAAGAGGAAGAUCCCCAAGCAAAUAUUGAGGGUGUGGAACAGCAGGGAUUAAAGCUGCAGCAUAAGAUUGAAGCUGAAGAGAAUCAAGGUGAUCGAAUACAUGGGCAAGCUGAGGAUGAAUUCUCAGAUGAAGACCAAAUGGUGAUAUGUGAAGAUCCACAACCUGAAAUUGAUCUCAAGUGCAAGGAGAAAGUAAAUGAUUCUGAUUCAGAGUCACAGAGUGAUUUGGAACCACUGAUAGAGAAUAAAGCAUUCCCCCAACAGAGGUUCAGCCCAGUGUCAGGCAUCAAGACUGGUACGGGUGAGGUGACCUGCCGUCCGAAACCAAUUAAAGCAAGAUUGCCCUCAGGCAAUAUGGAGGCUGGAUCUAAGUUUCAUCAUGGUGCUGGAGAGAAAAGUGGAUCAGUAGGUGUCUUGUCUUACCCAUACCAUUCACCUGUAAAUCCCAUGGGAAUAUCAGGAUUCCAGCCAACAGGUGGUGGAGCAUUCAAGACAAUGCCGGUAUCACCAAAGAUUGUAAAGAAUUUGACUGAACAGCAGGUGCCACCACCAGUGUCACAAGUGAACUCCAAAAUCAGUGAUACAGAACAGAGGAUCUCAAAUGUAUCAUCAGGUUGGAAUGCUAGUGUAGUGACAUCUAUGACAACAUCCCGUUCAUCAGCUCCUGUUGGAAGCAUUGUGAAUAUUAUCACAACAGCAAGCACUCAUAAUCCAGGCGAGAACAAUCGGCACUGGAUGAAGAGUGCUUCAACUUCUACAUCUUCUGAACUUGCACAUUCCCAGACCAAUAGUGUGGCGAAACCUACCACAGUUACCAUUCUCCAGCAAUCUGUUCCUGCUCAGCAUCAGCAGCAGAGGUUUGAGACACAGCAGCAGCAUUUGGUCAGUAGACCAAUACCAGCCCCUUCCACAUCACAGUCACAAACACAUUUAGUCCCUACCUCCACUGCUGCCUCAUACCAGGCACAACCUUUAACUCUAUUUCUUAGCCCCACCACACUUACUCCUACUGCUGCAACACUUAGCCUUACUGAUUCAGGACCCUUCACAAACCUCCUCCUGAAAACUGGUACUCGCAGCAUCAACUUAGAGGUGGAGCACCCUUCCUUACAUCAGCCACAACAGGGCGUCAGUGGUGGAACUCAAACAUCUUCGGCCACUGAGACAGUGCAAUAUUUGGUUCCCUCAGUGACUGUACAAGGUGGACGUCUUCAGAAUGUUUACCUCCCACAUACAAGCUUCCAGGUGCCAAUUCAAGAUUCAAGUGGACACAACAUUUCCUUACACCAAGCAGCUCCAUUACAACUGGUGCACUCAAAGCCAAUGGAUCCACCCACUGUUAUAGUCAGUAAACCAUACAGUGUAGCGCAGUCAGCAGCAACCCAAGCUGUUAGCUACAGCCAUAGUACAAGGACUGGUAUGUAUCAUCAUGAAGAAAAUGUUGGAAGGCCUCUUCAGUCACUGAGCACCAAUCAAAAUGAUUCUUUGCAUGAAGAUAGGGUCACUCAAGUUGGACCAAACUGCCAAAACAAUCAAUACUAUGCAGGGGUUGUGAGUCGUAAGCUUGAUGUUCUAAACAGUGACCGAGAAAGACACGAUGCUGCAAAGACUAUGUUAGCAGUUGCUGGUGAAAAAUCAAGUGAGGAUAAUGAAAUCUCCAGUGGUACCAAAGAUAAGGUUAACAUUUCCAUGCCCCCAACAUCUGUGGCUGUUGCCUUCCAUGACCAGAAUGUGGAGGCAUCUCCACGCAAUCCUCGUCCUGCAUCCCCUUCUCGAGGUGACAGUUAUUCUGUGAUUGAAUCACCAAUUCCCUCUUCAUCUGCCUCACAAAAUGAUCAUGCUGUAGAGGAAAACCAAACUUUCAUCCUGGCCCCUACUCCAGCUCAGUUGGGCAGAGCACCCCUACAACGUAGACAAUCCAUGGCUGUUUCCACAUGUGUCAUCAACUCUAGCAGUGAGAGCAUAGUUAUGACCCAGAGUGUUGGAGGUACCACAUGUGCUAGCUCAAGUAGUUCUGGCUCUGGAGGUGGAGGAGAGGAUGAGUCAAGGUCAGAAGGUGGUAGUUGCAGUAACGGUAGUCAACAGCAAGCUCCAGUUCCUUCUUCUCCCUCAACUAGGAAGAGCUUCUUCAAGAAGAAUGUAGAAGAUGGUAUGGAUAGGGUUUUGGAAACUGUUAAUUUUGAAAAGAAGUUCUCCUCCUUGCCUGAAUUCAAUCCCCAGGAGUGUCGGUCACCAAUUGCAAUCUCUGUGCCAUCAAGUCCUCGCGUAGUGUUUGUCCAGAAUUAUCGCAAGAAGCCACCCAGACCAGCCAAUUCUGAGGAGGAAGCAGAUUCUGAACCUGCUUCAGCAGCACCAAAAUCUGCUAAACUGAUUGGCAGCACUUUCUUUGGACCUGAUUUCAAUCUUGAUGCAUUCCGAGGGUCAGAGGUAAGUGACGGUGGAGAAGCAAGCUCUCCCCGCACACCUAAGACACCUGGGGGUAAGGAUCAAGAGAAAGGACAUCGCCGAAUAUUAGAACAGCGACGCCAGCUUGUCAUGCAGCUGUUCCGUGAUCAUGGUUUCUUUCCUUCCACACAAGCCACUUCCGCCUUCCAGGCUGCCCAUGUUGAUAUCUUCCCAAACAAAUCAAGUCUGCAGUUGAAGAUUCGAGAGGUUCGCCAAAAGGUAAUGGCCCAGAACAGCUUGACUCCAAUGACUCCAGGUGGAUCAGCUAGUCCAAUGGCUUCUGGCACUGAUUCAGCUGCAACAACACCAGGGUCAUCUACCAUGCCACAUUCAGUCAACUUGGUCAACACUGCCAACAAUCCUGUGUCCAUCCCUGCCUCCUCAAGCAGCUAGCUGCCGCUCCAGCCCUGCCAUUUUGGGACCAACUUCAAUGGGCAAUACCAUCACCUGGUAUUCAAACAGUAAAAAGAGGAUUCUUUUUAAGAAACCAUUGCAAAUAUGAAUUUUUCAAGGUAUGUGAAUGUUAUAAAUACAGAUUUAUAGGACUCUUUGGCACACAUACCACAGGAACAAAAUGAGCAAUAGAUCCCAGAAAAUAAGUUGUUUUAUGAAUAUAUUCGUUUAACCGUUGAAAAUUUUUGUUAUGGUAUUUGUUGAGGAUUGCCAUUAUUUCAGAUUUUAUGGUUUUAGGUUACUUGAACCUAUAUAGGUCUAAAAUGAAACAUAGAAUACUGAGCAGUGAAAGAGGUUCAUGUUAACAUACUUGCAUUCUAGUAACAGAAAAGAAAAAUUAUUGAAUAAGGUAGCUUAUAAGUCAUUUUUAAAACAAUUUGUGAAGUCAUGACUUAAAACUCUGUAUUUAAAAAAAUACACUUGAUGUUAGCCAUUGAAUGAUAUUUACCUGAUGGAAGUCUCAUGGAGCAUGCAAAACAUGUUACAAGAUUCAAAUUGCAGUAUUUUAUCCUUAAAAUAAGGAAAUAGUGAUUCUUCCUUCCUUCUUUACUGAUCAUUAUAACUAGAAGUUUCAAGGGAUGGAAAGGUUUACAUGAU